UGUCGGCAAAUUGUGUUCAGAUCAAAGUGCCCGGAUGACUACGAACUGUCAUUAUUAAAAGUCGGGAAUACUUUCUAAACGUGUUUUAUGGUAACGUUAUUUUUAAGCUUUUCUAGCAGCAACAGAAGUAAAAAAAGAUGAUGAUGCAAGUAGAUCGAGGUAAAACUGUUCCUGAGCAGCAGUACUUGUCGUUAAAAGAUAUUCGACCAGGAAUGAAGAAUUUACACAUCAUUUUUAUUGUCUUAGAAGUUGGCAAACCAACAAGAACCAAAGACGGACAUGAUGUCAGGUCUUGUAAAGUGGCAGACAAGACAGGCUCCAUGAAUGUGUCAGUCUGGGAUGAGGCUGGUCAUGUGAUACAGUCAGGGGACAUUUGUAAAUUUUUGAGAGGUUAUGCUUCACUGUGGAAAGGUUCACUAACUUUGUAUACAGGAAAAAUUGGAGAAAUUUUGAAAAUAGGAGAAUUUUGUUUAAAUUUCAUAGAAAUGCCAAACUUCAGUGAACCCAAUCCAGAAUAUUUAAAAUUAGAAUCUUCACAAAGAAAAUCUCCAACAGAAGGGGAGGGGAACCAAGGUGCCAAAGUUGAUGGUCAACUGAGUCAGGGGGCUCAGGUCCAGGGAAACAGACCACAGCAAGCUCCUUUACAGUCAGGAAAUGGUCAAAACAACUACAACCAGCAGAGAGCACCGCCUCCCCAGCACCGUCCACCGUCCCAGCGUAGCAACAUAAUGAAUGGUACAAACAACACUAACAACACAGCCAACAUGGCAGCUGCAGUCAGGGGAGGCAGGGGAGGAAUCAGGAGAUAGCAUCACAGUUCACAAAUAUUUAUUCUCUUAAAAAUGAUUUCUUUAUUUAAUUAUUUUAAUGUAUUUUGUGUUUUGUUUUUUUUAGUGCGUGUUUUUAAAAAAUUAUUUUGUGUAAAGCAUUUCCACAAUUUAGUCUAAAAGUUAUGAGUGUUGGUUGGAUGUACUGAGAUGAUGUAGUUAAAGCCUUGUUUUAUUCAUACUGAAAUCGUAUGAAACUUUUGAAUCAGUAAAUACUGG